CAGCACCAAGGGUUGACCGGGUGGACCAGGUUGACAUCGAAGAAAAUGAAAGGAAAUGCCAUGUUUUCGCCGCUCCGAUAUUCCCCAUUCUCCGAGCUCCACGGACCACCACGGAGCGUCGCCGUCGAAUUCGAUGUUUGGGUUUGUUUACCCGCUGUCGUCUAACGACUUUGCCCCAAAACCAGCCGAGACUUUUCCACGCUUGGCGUGGACCUGCCUUCCCCUUUAAAGUCCAUGCUCGCUGCUGGAAACAGCGGUAAACUGUGUGGAAUGGUUUCGAUACGUGGCCGCUAGGCGACGGCGACAUAACCCAACAUAACCCGGGGCAUGGCCACUCUACAACCUCCUGUCUGCUCCUGUCUGUACUGGUCUGUACCGAGAGGCGCGUACGAAUUCGCUUUUUAAUGAGAAUUCAUCGUUUGGAUCCAGUACGAUCAAAUUGUUCUUACAAAUUUAUCGUAAGAUUCUAUGACGGACGAAAACGUAUAUAGGCAUGCAUGACAGGCAACAGUUCGGUUAAUGGAAGUUCGUUACCGUCCGAUAACCUAAAAAAGAAAGGGGAAAGGAUCGAUAUAAACUAGGAGUGCGAUUUUACUCACGAUGCUUAAGAUUUUGAAAAAACGAAAUCUGCUAUUCGAUGGUUUUAGAAUGAUGAGCGACUGUAAGACUUUAGUCGCUAAUUCGGAAGAGUCAUCAAAAACGUACCCAAAGAGAAUAUUUUCUGGAAUUCAACCAACUGGCAACGUACAUCUAGGAAAUUACUUGGGAGUGAUUCGAGACUGGGUUCGCAUGCAAGACGCUAAAGAAGACGUUCUACUAAGUAUCGUUGACUUACACGCGAUCUCCUUGCCACAGGAUCCUAAGGAAUUAAGGAAGAACAUUUAUAAUCUGAUGGCUACGUUAUUAGCUUGCGGUAUCGAUCAUGAGAAAACCAUUUUAUUUCAACAAUCUGGCGUUCUGGCGCAUACGGGAUUAUGUUGGGUUCUCGGCUGUUUUACGACGAUGCCUAGACUUGCGCACCUACCACAAUUUAAAGAAAAGAGCCAGAAAGUUAAAGACGUGCCUUUAGGUAUAUACAUAUACCCGGUAUUACAAGCUGCUGAUAUUUUGCUGUAUAGAGCGACGCAUGUCCCUGUUGGACAGGAUCAAGUACAACAUUUACAGUUGGCCCAACAAUUAGCACAAGUUUUUAAUACGCGAUAUGGAGAGACCUUUCCUAUACCUCAUUCUGUAAUAAAUAACAAUAACUUCAGGAUUAGAUCGUUACGAGACCCAUCGAAAAAAAUGUCAAAGUCAAGCAAUGAUCCCAAAGGUGUAUUGUCAUUGAUAGAUGAACCAAAAGUAAUCGUAAACAAACUUAAAAAAGCUAUUACUGAUUUUACGUCACAAGUGACUUACAAUCCCCAGGAAAGACCAGGUGUUGCAAAUUUGAUUUUGUUGCAUUCGGCAUUGAGCGGAAAAACUCCUGAUGAAAUCUGUUAUGAAGCUCGUGAUCUGGAUACUGGAAAGUACAAGUUGGUACUAGCAGCCGAAGUUGUUGAUAGACUACGUCCUAUUCGAGAAAGAAUAAUGGAACUGACGAAUGAACCACAGUAUUUAGAUGAUGUUUUAAAAAAAGGCACCGAACGUGCGAUAGAAAUUGCUGAAGAAUGUUGGUUAGAUGUAAAAAAGAAAAUUGGUUUCAACAGUGACAACGUAACUUCGUAUGGGAAUCAAGUGAGAAAAGAAGCAAAUAGAUCAUAAUGUACUUAUCGUAAAUAGCGAUAUAAAUUCAUUAAGAUACAUAAUUUACAUCCAUAAUAAAUUUAUUUAAGACACUUCAAA